UCCCUGUCAUGAGGACUAUCACUGGGCCAUCCUAUGGGGAAGUGUCUAAACAAACUGUGGGCUUCUGCUGGCUAAACCUUGGAGUUACAGCGACUUUUACGCACGGCUGUCGUCUGCAUGCAGCUGUUUUUUACUUGAAUACGCGGGAUUGGCUCUCCCUGUGCAACACUUAUGAUGGCUUUCACCAUGCUGAGGCCGGUGUCGACGCAUCCCUUCUCUUACCCCGCUGACCUGACCUUGAUGUCGGACGACGAGGAGGGGAACCGCAGCGAGAGCGACGGCAGUAGCACGGACCAGGGCUACGGCUGCUGCGGGAUUCCGGGGGACAGUUACAGGCUGGAGUCCGGCGGCGUGGUGCGACAGCGGAACGCCGCUAACGCCAGGGAGAGAUACCGGACCCAGAACGUCAACACGGCCUUCACGGCGCUGCGGACACUCAUCCCCACGGAGCCGGUGGACAGGAAACUCUCCAAAAUCGAGACACUGCGCCUGGCGUCCAGCUAUAUCUCCCACUUGGCCAACGUGCUGGUGGUCGGGGACGGGAGGGAGGACGGCCAGCCGUGCCUCAGUGCCGUGUACAAGGAGGUGAAGGGGGGUGGAGAAGGCAAACAGCCCCGGACUAUCUGCACAUUCUGCCUCAGCAACCAACGGAAAGGGAUAGAAGAGGUAAACACAAAAGUUGCACAUUUAUAAAUGGGUUCAGCAUGAAGGAAGAAAGGCAGGUGAAAGACAGACGAGACUGUGUGAAAAGGCACGGAAGCAGUGCGAGACAAAUAAGUCGACGAUGAAACUGGGAGUAGGACUGGAUCUCUUCAGAGCGGACCUCCGCCGACCAUUCCUAGAGUCUAGAAGCAUCUCAGUACCACAACAGCCUUUGAGGACUACUUUGGGUUUUGGGAGUUUGGCUCAUUGGACAUUUUACCCAGAAUGAGAUAAGAGGACUGGCGCCAAAACCAUCUGUGUGUCACCUGCAGAUACAGUAACUCUGUCCAGUGUGAUGGCACAAGGGAAUAUGCAGCCAAAGCUGCAGUAUGGUCAGGGAUAUUCCUUUUUAUUUUAAUGACCAACUACAGUCAAAUUCUACAUGAUGUGUUGAUAUUUUGGCCUCUAAGCAUAAUUGUAUAUAUAAAAUCUAAAUCUACGGGCCAUGGAAUACACAACAUUACCGGCUCCGGAAUAGGUCUAAAUCAUGAAGAAGUAAGCAAAAGGCUAAUCACCUUUUAUUACUUAAAAACACAAUCCAUAAUCCAAAUGUAAAUAAAAGGAUAUCCUCUCCAUUCAAGUUCAAAACAAAGGAUUUGAAACAGCUAACUGACAACAAAUGAUAACUAAAUAUAUACUGUCAAAGUUGUGUGAUGUUAGUUAAGGCUUAUUUACAUAAAUAAUAGUUACAUAGUUAUAAUAAUAAUAAUAGUCUAUAGUUACAUAUGUGAACUUACAAGUAAUUUAUAUAAUUUGAUAAUGGUCCUUUAAAGCUGCAGUAGGUAAUUUUUAUAAAAAUAUUUCAUAGUCAUAUUUGCUUAAACUUUCACUAUAUCCUGACAGUAGUACAUAAGACAGACAA